AACAAAAAUUAAAAAAUGUCGUAUUUAACGAGAAAAGAGAUCGAUGAAAUGAAGCCACAAAUUGAAAAGGCCGUAAAUAAAUUUCUCGGCUUCGGUGAACCUGCUAUUGUUACUACGGCUGUCAAUUGUAUUACUUCUGGCUAUGAUAAACGUAAAACGGCAGAUAAACUAUCCGCUUUAUUAGAAGAUAAAAAAGCUUCCAAAUUAACAGAGAAGAUAUUUGCAAUAUACGAUGACAUUAAAGCUGCACAAAAAAGUAAAAAACGUAAUCAUGUGGAAGACAAGGAAAAAGAAAAAGAUGCUAAAAAACCUAAGUUCAAAGAUGACGAAAUAAAAAAUGAAAAACCUGCUGAAACUCAACUAUCCGCAGACAAGAUAAGGCAAAUGAUGGCUAACGCCCAAAGAGAGAUAGAAGAAAGAAAAAGGGCAUUGAAAGCUAUUAAGCAAGAAGAAGUACUACCUGUGAGGCCUCUCUUUAAAGCCAGGGAUUCAUUGCCGAAUGUAGGCAGUAUGUAUAAUCAAGGUCUGUUAAGCAAAACAGAUUCUGAUAAAGCACGAAAAAUUGCUGCACUCCAAGCACAAAUCAGAAACAAAUUAAGUUCUGGAUUGCUUAGUAAUGUCGCAGUGCCAGACAAACCGACUCCUUUGAUCUUGGAUGAAUCAGGAAGGACCGUAGACAUAACUGGAAAGGAGGUACAACUUACGCAGGUAGUACCAACAUUGAAAGCUAAUAUUCGUGCAAAGAAGAGAGAAGAAUUUAAAGCUCAGUUGCAAGAAUCGAAGGGUCCAGAAGAAAUACAAGAUACGCACUUUUUUGAUACUAGAAUUGGAGUGAAACCAGCAGUACGUAAUAAGCGUUCUUUAAAAUUCCAUGAACCGGGUAAAUUCCAACAACUCGCGGAGAGAAUUCGUAUGAAAGCACAGUUAGAAAAACUUCAGAAUGAAAUUAGUCAAAUAGCUAGAAAGACUGGUAUAAGUUCGGCAACAAAAUUAGCGCUAAUAGCACCGAAAACGGAAGCUCUCAGCGAAGAUGUACCAAAUAUAGAAUGGUGGGAUUCUGUCAUAUUAACAGGUGGAUAUCCAAACGAGGAUGAACCAACGACGAUCAAAACCUCGACGAUUACAAAUUUAGUAGAACAUCCAACGCAAAUGCGACCGCCAACUGAUCCAUUGAAACCUAUCUACAUGCCUGUGUUUCUUACAAAAAAGGAAAGGAAGAAAUUGCGUCGUCAGAAUAGGCGAGAGGCAUGGAAAGAAGAACAAGAAAAAAUUCGUUUAGGAUUAGAACCUCCACCAGAACCAAAAUUACGAAUUUCAAACUUAAUGCGAGUCUUAGGUACCGAAGCAGUACAAGAUCCUACUAAGAUCGAAGCUCACGUACGACAACAAAUGGCCAAAAGAUUGAAGGCUCAUGAGGACGCCAAUGCGGCCCGACGAUUAACAGCUGAACAACGUAGAGAGAAAAAAGCGAGGAAACUCAAGGAAGAUACUAGCCUUGGAGUACAUGUGGCUGUUUAUAGAAUACGCGAUCUCGUGAAUAACGCAUCUAAAAAAUUCAAAGUUGAGACAAAUGCAAAACAGCUAUACCUUACUGGCUGUGUAAUGCUCUUCCGAGAUUGUAACGUUGUAAUCGUCGAAGGCGGAGCUAAACAACUUAGCAAAUAUAAACGAUUGAUGAUGCAUCGUAUCAAAUGGGAAGAGGAUAUCGUAAAGGAUAAUGAUGGAAAUGACGUACCGAAUAAAUGCGUUCUCGUUUGGGAAGGAACGAGCAAGCAACGUCAUUUCGGUGAGAUAAAGUUCAAAGUGUGUCCAAUCGAAAAGAUGGCACGAGAACAUUUCAAAAAGCAUCAGGUUGAGCAUUAUUGGGAUUUGGCUUAUAGUGGAGCCGUUCUUGAUAAUACGGAUGAUGUACGCUUAUAGAAAUUAUUAUCUAUGACAUUUAAUUAAAAGCCGUAACUAUAUGGUGAUGCCGUAAGAGACGGUAGAGAAUUUCUCUACCAAUCAAUCAAUUUAAAUACCGACAAGAAACUCGGGAGAAUGUAAUCAGUGACAGGAACGGCGCGGAAAUAAUAAAAGUGAGCUGGGAUACCUGUGGAAAAGCAGCUGUCUUCAAUGAUCGUAGUUAA